CUGCCUUUGCCUUUGGAUCAGGCUGAGAUCAUCCCUGUCUGCAGCACAGCACAAAGUGAUGUGGCUUGCUUUGCUCUCAUCUCACUCAUGGAAACAACCAACCAGUGCACAUUAUGUAAAUUGUUAUGCUUCACGAGGUGGUAACAAACCUACAGCUGAAUGGUUGUCAUGGCAACAGCUGAAGGUCCUGCCUUUUAUCUUAUAUGAGGGAAUAAUGUUCCAUUUCCUGGGGUGGCGGCAGAGAGGAUGGGUCUAGUCUAGUGGUGGUGAGAUCUAAAAUUUAAAUAGCAUGGAGCAGAUAAACUGAUGGGCAAUAAAGUGUUCAGUCGAGUUCAGUCUUAGAGGCAGCAGCUUUCCUUCAGUCAUGCCAGUUCUUAAAUUUGAUGCUGAGUCACGAGAAGGUAUCCCAAAAUCCUCCUGUUAUAAGCUUCCAUCAAAGACUAUGGAGGAAAUAGAGCACACCUGCCCUCAGCCUCAUACGACGUUAACUGAACCCGCUGCAUUUGCCGAUGAAUCAAGCUGCCAGUGCAAAGCUCCUCAUGAAAGAUUGACUAUUGCUCAGGCCCGCUUUGGAACACCAAUUGACAGACCAGUGAGAGUUUAUGCAGAUGGAAUAUUCGAUCUCUUUCACUCAGGUCAUGCUCGAGCUCUCAUGCAGGCUAAAAAUCUCUUCCCAAAUACCUACUUACUUGUGGGAGUAUGCAGUGAUGAUCUAACACACCAAUACAAAGGUUUCACUGUCAUGAAUGAGAUUGAGCGGUAUGAUGCCCUGAGACACUGCCGCUAUGUUGAUGAGGUUAUCAGAGAUGCUCCGUGGACACUGUCCCAAGAGUUUCUGGAAAAACACAAGAUUGAUUUUGUGGCACAUGAUGAUAUUCCAUAUUCCUCUGCUGGGUCGGAUGAUGUCUAUAAACACAUUAAGGAAGCUGGUAUGUUUGUUCCCACACAAAGAACAGAAGGUAUUUCUACCUCUGACCUAAUCACCAGAAUUGUACGAGAUUAUGAUGUUUAUGCCCGACGUAACCUCCAGAGAGGUUACACAGCCAAAGAGCUUAACGUUAGUUUCAUAAAUGAAAAGAAGUAUCGUUUCCAAAACCAGGUUGACAAAAUGAAAGAAAAAGUGAAAAAUGUAGAAGAAAAAUCAAAAGAAUUUGUUUACAAAGUAGAGGAAAAAAGCCAUGACCUUAUACAAAAAUGGGAAGAGAAAUCACGAGAAUUUAUUGGAAACUUUUUAGAGCUGUUUGGACCAGAUGGAGCUUGGAAACAGGUUUUCCAGGAGCGAGGUGGUCGGAUGCUUCAAGCAUUGUCUCCAAGACAAAGUCCCUCAAGCAGCCCAACAAGAGAACGGUCGCAGUCUCCAACAUUCCAGUGGCCAUUUAGUAAAACCUCACCCCCAUCUUCACCGAAAGCUGCUUCUGCCUCUGUCAGUAGCAACAGUGAUGGAGAGGAGGAUGAAAACUGAAUGAUAGGAAAGGCAGUACAUGAGCAGAUGAACAAGAUCAGCACUGAUACUAUCUCAGGCAAACCUUGACCUUUCACUUUUGCUCUCCAUUAUUCUCAGGCAUUUAAUAGAAUUUGAUCAUUACUAUGAUUACAACAAGUUGAUUGUGCAUACAUCAUGAACAGUAGUGACAAGAUCGUACCAUCCUCCCACUGCAGGAAUUAGCUCUAUAUUUAAUAUUGGAUGCAGCAGUAUAAAUGGCUCCCAAUUUGCUAGAGAAUAUUAUACGAGACACCCGUCAAUGCAAAAUCAAAGCAAUCUCAGAGGGCAACAGUUAUGGGAAUUAGUAGAUAAAAGACUUCAGACUGGUACUAUGAAAAUUUGCUAAACCAAGCAUAGUAACCAAAAAGGGAUGACCCCACAUAUUAGACAAAGCACCGAAGGCAAAUUUUAAGACUUCUUAUUUAAUGACCUAACGCAGAAUUACAACUUCCCUAGCCUAGCUUCUUAUAUAAAUAAUUAGUAACACUCCUUCAAAUUCAAUAUAAAAAUGACUUUAAAAUAGGUAAAGUCAAAAUUACACACCUUGUAAUAUUUGCAAUCUUCUGAAUUAAAUUGCGCAGGUAGGUAAGGAUUCUUAUGUAUGUCUCAGCUAUAGAAUUUACUUCAACUAUAUAUGUUUCACAUUUUGUUUUAUAAGACAAAGUGAAGUAAAGCAGGUGAAAUCUACUUUUAAAGCUGACUGUGGAAACAGUGCUGUGAAUUAACAUAUGGCUUCAAAUGUACAUGCAGUUAUUGACCUCUAAAGCUCUUUGCAAUCUGUGCUGAAGAUGUCCCAUGAGGUACAGAUUAUCAUUACUAUGCUGUUAAAUUCAGGAAAACAAUAGCUUGCUAUUCUGGCUUCUGCUCCUUUCCUUUCCAGUCCUAAUGAAGGGUCUCAGCUUGAAAUGUAGGAUGUUUAUUCCCUUCCAUAGAUGCUGCCUGACUUGCUGAAUUCCUCCAGCAAUUUGUGUGCAUUGCUCAAGAUUUACAGCAUCUGCAGAAUAUCUCAUAUUCACUGUAUGAGCUUCCUAUGACAUUCUAAACAAGCUCCAGAAAUACUUAAACUAUUAGUGCUGCUAAAGAUAAUUAGAAAUUGCACAUAGGUAGGGCUGGUAUCUAUUGAUUCCAUCUAUUGAUGAUCUGGUAAUAUUGAUGUUCCAACAACUCUCUCCCUCCAACCUUUUCAAACCAAAAAGAGAACAACUGAAAACAGUUUCAUAUUUGUAUGUAGGGGAUUGCUCUUAGAUUUUUUUAUAUUGCACUUUUUUCAUCUUCCCUUUCCUAUUUUAGUUAAAUCUCUCUUCCCCACUCUAUUUUUUCCUUCUAUUUUGAAUUUACUUCUGAUUCAUCCUGUUUUUUUGCUGUUGCUUUCUGCCUUGCAAUUUCAUCGGUUAGAAUCAUACAGCCCAGUCUUUCAGCCCCACUGAGUCCAUGCUGACCACUGUAUUCCCACUUACACCAAUUCCAAUUGGUCCAUGGCCUUCUAUGACCUGGCAAUUCCAGUGCUCAUCCAUUUGCAUCUUCAGUGUUAGGAGAAUACCUACCUGCAGUACCCACUCAGACACUGCAAUCCAGAUUUCAACCAGCCCACAGGUGAAAAUAAAUCUUCUUUUUAAAUCUUUUACCUUUUACCCUAAAUUUGUGUCCUCCAGUUAAAGAUACAUCUGCUGUAAGGAACAGUGUUCAGCUUUCUACGUGAUCUAUGCCUCUUAUAGUUUUGGUUCCCAGUCUGCUUCAAGAAAAACAAAUCAAACCUAUCCGGUCUUUCCAAGAAAAACAAAUCCAACCUAUCCAGUCUUUCCAAGAAAAACAAAUCCAACCUAUCCAGUCUUUCCAAGAAAAACAAAUCCAACCUAUCCAGGUUUUCC